AUGGCGGUGGCGAGCGCAGAGCAUAAGUACGAGCUCAUCACCAGGCGUUUGGACGAGGUCUUGGGAGGAGAUCUUAUAAAAGGAAUACUGGCUGAGGAACGUGCACCGAAGUGCUACUGGGGAACGGCACCAACGGGUAGACCACACAUCGGAUACUUUGUACCCCUCACGAAGAUUGCUGAUUUUCUCCGAGCCGGAGUUGAGGUCACUGUCUUGCUCGCAGACGUACAUGCUUUCCUCGAUAACCUUAAGGCCCCCUUGGAGCUUGUCGCGCAUCGGACGAAGUACUACAAGCACAUACUUCUCGCCGUCUUUAAGUCGCUGGGCAUUCCGACACAUAAGCUGCGCUUCGUCGAGGGCUCCUCCUACCAGCUGACGAAGGAGUACAACCUUGACAACUACCGACUAUGCGCGAUCGUCACGGAGCACGACGCGAAGAAGGCUGGCGCGGAGGUCGUCAAGCAAGUCGAGAGUCCCCUCCUGAGUGGACUGCUCUACCCGGGCAUGCAGGCUCUAGACGAGCAGUACCUCGGAUGUGACUUCCAGUUUGGAGGGGUCGAUCAGCGCAAGAUCUUCACGUUCGCAGAGCUCUACCUCCCGCGGCUCGGCUAUGCAAAGCGCGCGCAUCUCAUGAACCCGAUGGUGCCGGGGCUCGGCGGCGGCAAGAUGUCCUCAUCAGACCCGGACUCGAAGAUCGACUUCCUGGACGCGCCCGAGGUCGUGCGGCGCAAGAUCAAGAAGGCGUUCUGCGAGGAGGGCAACGCGAAGGACAACGGCGUGCUCGCGUUCGUGGGGGCCGUGGUCAUCCCGAUCAGCGAGCUGCGCCUCGAGCGCUUGCGUGGCAAUACGGGCGCAGACGCAGACGAGGGCGCGGAGGCGGCGGGCGACCAGACGCCGUUCGCGCUCGAGGGCGCGCCCGACGGCACCGUGUUCUCUGUCUACAGGAAGGAGGACUACGGCGGCUCGCUGCACUACGCAUCGUUCGCCCAGCUCAAGCAGGACUUCGAGGAGAAGAAGCUGCAUCCAAAGGACUUGAAGACGGCGGUGGCGGAUGCCAUCGUGCGCUUGCUGGAGCCCAUCAGAAAGGCGUUCGAAGAGAGCGCGGAGUGGCAGGAGGUAGAGAAGCUCGCGUACCCGGAUCCGAACGCAAAGCCCGAUAAAAAGAAAAAGAAGGUGCGUUGUCUGUCUGUAGUGGGCGCGUAUCUCGCAUAUAAUUUCGUUGACUUACAGGAGAAAGUGUACCACCCUCCGCCUCCCGGUAAGGGCAAGAACGCUUAA